GUUUUGCAGAACACAGGCAGUGGGGCUUCGUCGAGUACAACGAGCCACAGGGAACGAAGCGGGACCGUUGAAACACACCUAAACAUGAAGAACUUGCAGCUGACCAUCCUUUUCGCCGUCGCGGCCACAUCCAUGGCCGGAUACCUGAACGGCGGCGGGCUCGGCGUCAGCUAUGCUAGCGGCGGCCUUGGCUACGGAGGCCUCGGCUACGGUGGUCUCGCCCUGGGCUACGGUGGCCUGGGCUAUGGCGGCCUCGGUUACGGCGGACUAGGCUACGGAGGAGGACUCGGCUACGGCGGAGGACUCGGCUACGGUGGAGGACUUGGCUACGGAGGCCUGGGCUACGGUGGACUGGGUUACGGCGGUCUCGCUUACGGCCUCGGAGGACUGGGCGGCGGACUCGGCUACGGUCUCGGAGGCCUGGGAUACGGCGGUGGCGUUGUGGCCGCUGCUCCAGUCGCGGUGGCCGUGGCGCGCCCCGUUGCCGUCGCGAGGCCCGUAGCCGUAGCCGUGCCGAGGCCUGUGGCCGUCGUCCAGCCGGUCGCGGUUCAAAGGACUGUGGCAGUUGCUCAACCUGUGGUCCAGAAGGUAGUAGCUCAGCCUGUUGUCGCCGUCCAGCGUCCCGUAGUGGUGGCGGCCCCUAGGGUGGUCACCGUCGCCCGUCCCGUCGCCGUCGCUCAACCAGUCGCCGUCGCUCAACCAGUAGCGGUUGCCCGGCCGGCUGUAGCUGUAGCCCCUCUGGCCGUCGCUGCUGCUCCAGCUGCCGUCGGUGUCGUCGGAUACGGCGGCGGACUGGGCUAUGGUGGUGGACUCGGCUACGGGGCCGGACUCGGCUACGGACUCGGAUACGGUUACGGAGGUCUCGGCUACGGAGGUGGACUCGGCUACGGAGGAGGACUCGUCGGUGUCGGCUACGGAAGCGGCCUCAGUUAUGGCCUCGGAUACGCCGGGUACGGAGGCGGACUGACAGCCGGUUACAGCCUGGGCGGCUACGGCUACGGCUACGGUGGUUACGACUACCUCCGCAAGAAGAAGUAAGCUUCUUGGACGGUGGUGCGCAGUGCGGUUUGGGUGUGACGUCAUCGAAGGACUUGUCAUCGACAGUGUGGCUUUUGCGGACUGAGUGGGACCAGGUCGUGUGCACCGAGAACCAAAGUGUACAGAAAAAUAAAACGGUCGCAUGUAC